UACAACAAGCUGGUCCAUCUGAUCAACCGCCGCGCCCCGACGCAGACACCGCUCCCGCCCAAUAUCCUCCUACGUUUUCUCCUGGCAUUCUCUCAGAUCAUCAGCAACCUCAACUCGAACAACCACACCCUGGUCGAUGCCAUCCUUUCGUUGGACUGGGCUUUCCAAAACGACAACUUUGUCCUUGCCUACCGAAAGCUGCUGGAAAACCUCGUUAGCUCGGAUGCCACUAUCGUCAAAGCCGUGCUUGGCAUGCUUGUCAGGCACUUGCGUUACGGUAUGGAGUUCACAAGCGUCUCGCUUCCCGAUCGCACCCACAACAUGAUACGAUCCAUUCUCGCGCUCGUCCCGACGGGCGCUUCGCAAUUGCUGCCCAUCCUGCAAGAGAACUUUCCCUACAAGAGCGAGUCACUCAAAGUCCACGAGCUGUACAUGAAGAACCUGCUCAGGAUCGUCGAUUAUGCACCCGUUCUCCGCAACCAGAUCUUGGCGAUCUCGAUCGACAAGAUCAUUCAGAUCGAUGUCGAGAUCCAAGCUGAUGUAGACGAUCUGGAGGACGAGGAACUGGAAAAUGUGCAGCGCAUGGUCUUUGCCAUGGAUGAACUUGACCAUCAUGAAGCUGCCGAGCUGCAUCCGACCACCACAGCCGGACGAGCCGGCGCAGGCGAGCCUGACGUCGACGACGACGACGAGGAUGACGACGACGAAGAUGGCCCGAACAAUUACGAUGACGAUGACGAUGACGAGGACGCCACUGCCCCCACGAUUGUCGUCAACUUCAAGCUCAUGGUCCAGAAGCUCGACAGCAUGUUGAAGCUGCUGUUUGAGUACUUUUUGGACUUUUACCGCCGGAACAAGUCACAGCCACUGGUGGUCCAGGAUCUCUUCCACGUAAUGAUGGAGGUCUUUGAGCGCACGGUCCUUCCAACAUACAAGUCGCGCCACACGCAGUUCCUUUGGUUCUACCUGUGCUCGCUGGAUGCCGCCUUCCCAGAGCUAUUCCUGGGACACCUGCUCUCGCGACUGAUGGAUACCUCAAGCGCCACCAUCAUCCGGGUUUCGUCUGCGGCCUAUAUUGGCAGCUUCAUUGCGCGCGCCAAUUUCCUCGAGGCCAGCACCGUCCAGACGAUGCUCAAGAUGCUGAAUGGCUGGGCGUACACCUACGUCGACAAAAUGGAGUGGCAGGUCAAGCACGCCGACGUUAGCCGCUACACAGUGUUCUACUCGGUCGUCCAGGCGAUCGUCUACAUCUUUUGCUUCCGGUGGAAGGAGCUGAUGUCGAUGGAUCGCAACAUUCCUUACGGCCAGCUACCGGCCGAGAUGAUGGGCUUCCAGCGCGUGGUGAUGUCCAAGUUCAAUCCUCUCAAGAUUUGCGCGUUUGCCGUCGUGGGCGAGUUUGCCAAGAUCACGCACCGGCUGGAUGUGCUAUAUUGCUACAAUCUGAUCGAGCGCCCGGCGCCAAAGAAUCUGCCGCCCCUGGCCGCGCCCGAGGCCCUCGAAGUCUUCUUCCCGUUCGAUCCCUAUAUGCUCAAGGCAUCACGGCAUUUCAUCAACGGAAUCUACCAGGAAUGGGUCAACGAGGACGACGAGGACGAAGACCACGGCUCAGAAAGCCACUCGGUGGCAAACGACGAGUUUAUCAACUCGCUGUCGUCCGAUCAUAGCGACACGCUGUUCAACGUCCCGCAGUUCAAGGGCGUGUCUAGCGGAGUCCUCAACAUCAAGAACCCGGCGUCGUCGAUGCUUUCUCCGACCGGUGGCGAGUCGUUCUCGGUCGAUAUGAUGACGGGAACAUCGUACGAUAUGGGGACGGGGUCUCGAGUCAUGAGCACGUCUGUGGACAUGACCGGCACCUCCUACGACAUGCGCGGCGAACCGUUUUGA